AUGCGGAGGGCUUUCGCUGCUGUACCCGUCGUUGCUGUGGCCUGUCUGCGCUUCUAUGGCACCAGGCACUUUACCGACAGCCACGAGUGGGUGGAGCAGGGUGAGGGUGAGGUAACCAUUGGUAUCUCCUCCUACGCCCAGGAGAAUCUUGGCGACGUGGUGUACGUCUCUCUCCCGCAGGUAGGCGACACUGUCACGGCGAAGGAUGUGGUAGGCGAGGUGGAGAGCGUAAAGGCUACGAGCAACGUGUACUCCCCGGUCGACGGCACCGUCACGGCUGUGAACGAGAAGCUGAAAGAUGAGCCGAGCCUCGUUAAUCAGUCUCCGGAGGAGAAGGGUUGGCUGAUCAAGGUGAAGUGCUCUGAGAUUCCCAAGGGCCUCAUGGAUGAGGCGGCGUACAAAAAGUUCCUCGAGUAA